CAAUACGUUGUCAACUCAAGCACAGCUUCAGUUGUCUGCGUUCUGGAGGCGUCACAGGCAUGGGAGACUUUGUAAAAGCCCAAAGAUUAAUGAAACUCCUGGAGCGGUGUUCUACCAUGAGACAUCUGAAGCAAUGUCAUGCUCGCAUAAUCCUCACUGGGUUUGAGCACAACCUCCACGUCGUCGGCAAGAUCAUUCUUUUCUGUGCCGCGUCGGAACUUGGCGACAUGAGUUACGCCCUCUCCCUUUUCGACAGGGUCGAAAAACCAGAUGUGUUCCUAUGGAACACCAUGAUCAGGGGCUUUUCCAAGACCACCCAACCCCAACAAGCCAUCCAUUUCUACCGGAGAAUGCAGCAGAAAGGAGAGAAACCGGAUAAUUUCACCCUUGCUUUCUUGGUUAAAGUUGUUGGGCGACUGAAUUCCGUUAUUCUCGGGAAGCAGUUGCAUUGUAAAACCCUUAAACUCGGUCUCUCUACUCACGCAUAUGUUGGGAAUUCUCUCAUGCACAUGUAUGGUAUGCUCAAGGACAUUGACACUGCACGCCACUUGUUCGAUGAAAUGCCCAAUGCAGAUUUAGUGGCCUGGAACUCUAUCAUAGACUCUCAUGUCUGUUGUGGAAGCUACAAGGAAGCACUCCACCUGUUCACCAGAAUGAUUCAGAACGGGAUACAACCUGAUGAUGCCACUUUGGUUGUCACCCUCUCAGCAUGUGCUGCAAUCGGAGCUCUGGAUUUUGGGAGGCAGAUCCAUUCCUGUAUUAGAGGCACUGAUCUUGCUGAUAUCACACCGGUCUGCAAUUCCCUUGUUGACAUGUAUGCCAAGUGUGGAGCGUUGGAUGAAGCAUACGACACAUUUAGCAGGAUGAAAGUGAAGAGCGUAGUUUCAUGGAAUAUCAUGAUUCUUGCACUUGCAUCACAUGGUAAUGGAGAAGAUGCAUUGGCACUUUUUUCAAAAAUGGUGGAAGAAAAUGGUGUGAGACCUGAUGAUGUGACAUUCUUGGGAGUGUUGUGUGCUUGUAGCCAUGGAGGCAUGAUUGACGAAGGAAGAGUGUAUUUUCAUGUUAUGGUUAGAGACUAUAAUAUCCAACCUACGAUGAAACACUAUGGAUGCAUGGUGGAUCUUUUGGGUCGAGCUGGGUUAGUUGAGGAAGCAUACAACUUGAUAAAGAGAAUGCCAAUGGAGUGCAAUGCAAUUGUAUGGAGAACUUUGUUAGCUGCAUGUCGAGUUCAUGGACGUGUGGAACUUGGAGAGAAGGUGAGAAAACACCUGUUAGAAUCGGAACCAGAUCAUAGCAGCGACUACGUUCUUCUUGCGAACAUGUAUGCAAGUGCAGGUCAAUGGAAUGAAAUGAGCAGAGUGAGAGGAUCAAUGAAGGAAAGGGGAGUUCAAAAACCGGAGCCCGGAAAUAGCUUCAUUGGCAUUUCUGGGACGAGUGUAGAUAAACAGUCUAUUGAAAGAUUUUUAUAAUAGUGUACAUGGUUUUUUAGCUCAAUGCUUAAAUUUAUUGUAUGGUUUUGUGCACUUGUAACAGGUUAUUUUGAGAUAAACUUUCCUUUAACACUUACACGAGGUUCGCAUAAAAAAUUGCCCGAUCAACAGAAAUCA